AUGAACAUUCAAGGCCUGGACCAGGGUGGGUUUCCGGGUUCAUCUAAAACGUGCCAAGCAAAGGAAAACGAGGUUAACUUUGAAGCAAUGGCCGAAAAUUUGAUAUAUUCACAACCUGGUGCGUAUGAACCUUCAAUCAAAAAUUUUGAAUCAGUGCAAGAAGAGACCUUGCAAGUUGUUGAGCAACAGGGGACAGUACAAAUAAUUAGCUCAGUAAAUUCUGACAUUAUGUUGGCAAAUCAAAUUCUUAUUUUAAAUAAACUAAACCUAAUAAUAGAAAAUAAAAAAAAAAUCGGACAAAAAAUGGCAUCUUUAUCAGUACAAUUGGAUGAAACAAAUGAAUCAACCAGACAAUUGCAACAAGAACAACAAUGUAACGUUACAUUACUUAAAGACGCGUCAUCAGAAGAACGAGAAAGUUUCAGCUUGAAAGCUAUCGAAACUAAAGAAGACUGA